AUGGACUACAUCCUCGACAACGUCGGCGAAUGGAAAGACCGUCUCGUCAACAACUCGGUCAAAUCCUUUACGGAAAUGACGGCCCAGCGCUGGAUCCGCAUCAUCGUCAUCGUAGGUGGCUAUCUACUUGUCCGCCCAUACGUCCUCAAAGCGGCUGCGAACCGACAAAAGCGGCAACUCGACAAGGAGGCUGAAGAAUUGGGGCUGGAGCCGAGCGCUGAGCCGAAUGCCAACGCGCUACGAGGUGGUGGGAAGCGUAGCAAAGCUGUGGAAGAGGAAGCGAAGUCUGUGGACGGGGUAAGCAAGACGAAAACCAGACAACGGAAGACCCAAGAGAGCAAUAAGGAGGCGGAAUAG